AUGUCCAAAUUCAAUAUAAAAAUAGGCAAAUGUGAUGGCGCUGUCUUAAUUGGGGAUAGUGCGAAUUUGACAAUUGGGGCGACCCAAGGUAAGGUUUGUCACCACAAACAUUUCGUUCUACGUCGAGUUUGUCUUAUACAAUACGGUUUGGCUUCGCGAUCGAACGUUCCCCCGUGAAGGAAAGGUUUUAUAGAAAAUUUGUGAUGUAAGUCUGACAUGGGAAAGCCAUUUAAAUGCUACCUUGAAGAAGGCGGCUUAUCAGUCAGACAUGCUCUUCCUAACAGGAUGUAGGACGAAAUCAUUAUACCGUUUCGCCGGGGCGUUACAAUAUUUCUUUUCGCCCUUACUUUAACUGAAUUUUCCCACUUGCGUUAUUUUUCAUAGGCAACUUUUCUUCCUAUUUAUCUUACUCGAGCUAGAUCACUUGAACCAAACCUCGCAAAUGCAUCGAUGCAGGUUUAACAGGGUAAAUUCAAGUCGAAGAAGAUCAAAGGAAUUUUGAGUUAUUAAAUCCGCGUGAAGUUUAUUCCAUUUUGUUGAUCACGCUUGUUUUAUUCUUUAAUUUCACUUUAAUCUGAAACAAGCGAAAUAAUUAGUACAAACUAGGUGAAAAAGAGGAAUCAUGAAGAAGAAAUGAAAAAAACCCCUUUCACAUUUCUUGAAAUAGCAGCUAAUUUCACAUAGAUAGGGAUUGCACACGUUGGGGUCAAAGUUGAGGCAUGGGCAGGGGGAUCAAUCUUGGGUGCCAGCAUGCCAAUUUCCCAGACAAAAUUUCUUAGAAAUACAUAAAAAAAAAACAACCACUGUCUGGUAACAUAAGCGAACGAAAAUUUAAACGUUCAUUAACAUCUGUGAGGGAAAAGAAAAGUAGGAAAUAGGAAAAAUUUGAGACUCUUUGAGCCCAGAGCUUUUUCAAGAAGGGGUAUCCUGUUGGUUUACCUAUCUGUUUUUAGAUUUAUCAAUACAGUUAUUUGCUUUUAGAACACCCUGACUUACUGGAUUGAGUGAACGUUGUUAAUAACUUAAACAAGACAACUUGGUUCUGACAGCCUGACAGCAUGCCACUUAGUCAUUACAACUUUCACACAUGCAUAGAUGUUUGACUCCGAUUUUGGGAUUGCAUCAGAAUGUAUUUGUUCUGGGGUCUACUCAUUUUCGGGGACUUUAGGCUAAGAAGGCCAAAUAAUAUAUUCCUCUUGCUAAAUGAGUUUGAGGUCUGUAGUUUAAUUGACAGACCAGGUUUUUUCCACUUGGAUUCAUAGCCCAAGAAGUGUAAAAUGCACAAGGCAUAAAUCCAAGCGAAAAAAAAAAAAGGUUCCAUAACUUAAAGUACAGACUUAGAAAACUAGGUUAGUCAUAUAUUAAUAAUAUUUUUGGGUGGAGAAGACCUAAACUCAACCAGUAGGUGGUACAGAGAAAUAUACCCUGCUAAAUUGACCAAUCAAAGCACAUGAAGCAGCUGAGAAUCUAUAAUAAGUUACUUUAGAUUGCAAAUAGAUUAUUUUAAUCCUUUACAUCCUAACAUCAGCAUUCAUAUUCUCCAUACUGUUCUCUGUACAUCUACUAAGGUGCUGACAAGGAGAAUUCAUCUAACAGUCAAGGGUUUCUUUAGUUGGAGAUCAAUUCCUUUAUUCUCGUGACAUUGAUGUGUGGUUCAGAGGUGAUAUUGUAAGGAGAAAUUAGAUGCUAGUCACUGUUAGGGGUUAAAGGGUUAAAGUAAGUAAAAUAGCUCUUAAUUUUAUCAGGAAUACCACAGGAACAGCAUGUCCCAAGGGAAACAACAACAACAACUGGUGGUGAGUAGAGUUCCACAGUUAGUUUUUUAAAUACCUUUCAUGUCCAAGAUCUUAGUAUUUAUUUAGGUCAUUGCUCUAUCUUCCAUAUAUUUCCUACUAACAAUUUUAGCUCUAUUGAUUUGGAUUUAAAUCCCACCAUAACCCCUACUUUACAUUUUGAUUAAUUUCUCCUCAUCAUUGUUGCACUUUCUUUGUGGUCACACCUUGGAGCUAAACAGUUAAGGGAGCUUAACUCAACUUUUUGUUCAUCUACUACAAUUUAGCUUGGACUGUGCACCAAGCAGGGACCAUUUUGGUCAUCAUGUUGAAGCUGCAAGCAGCCAUUAUGGGGGUACAGGAAAAAAAAAAUCAUAGUGUAGAGAUAAUUGUGUACCAGUUGUCAUCUUGAGGAAGGAAUGGCCCAAGAGCACAAAGUUUUUUCCCCUAAGAGAGGAGUGUACAUUAAGCAACACCAGAACAAAUAGAGACUCAAAGUUCCACUUGAAAUAAAAUUUAUAAUUGUUUCUUUAGCAGUUCAUUCACCUUGUCAAGAGACUGGGGAUGAUAUCAAUUACAAGGCAAAGUCUGGUUAUGUACUGGUAAUUAAUAACUACAUCUUCCCCAAGAGGCCAGAUGGUGAACGCCAUUGGUCAGGAGAAGAUGUGAAAGGUCUCAAGAGUCUCUUUGAUGAUUUUAAUUUCACUACCAAGAUUUAUGACAACUUGGAACAAAGAGAAAUCAAAGGAUUACUGCAAGAUACAUCAGAGAAAGACUUUGGCAGAUAUGACUGUUUUGUUUGUGUUAUCCUUAGUCAUGGUUCCAAAGACAGAAUCUAUGGCACUGAUGAUAUUUCAAUCAACAUUGAGGCAAUUACUUCCUGUUUUUUCGCGAAAUGA